ACAUAAAACUGUGAAAUGUAUUGUUAGCCAAUAUAACACUGUAAUGCUUUAUUUAGUGACAUUGCAGUCCCUAUAGUGAAUCAUUUGACCUUAAACGAAUUCUGUCACUGGCAAAUAGUGUUGAUAGAAACGGAUCUUUUCGAAACUCUGAAUCAAUUGAUUCACAAAAUGAUUUACUGUUUUGAAUCGCCGCACGCCGACGACUCCUGCUGAUUAAAACAGUGACAAAGUGUCCAAACACACAGAAAAACUCCUGAAGAAACAGCCGAGAUCCACGUGACACACUGUUGUAAAGAUGGUGUUUAUUAAAGAGGAAAGUGAAGACAUGAAGAUUGAAGAAACGGUCAAACAUGAAGAUACUGAAGAGCAAACAAAGAUGGCGUUCAUUAAAGAGGAGAGUGAAGACAUGAAGAUUGAAGAAAGAUUCAGAGUCAAACAUGAAGAUACUGAGGAACAAACAGACCUGAUGGUGCUGAAAGAGGAGAGUCAAGAACUAAAUGAAAUGGAAGAGAAAAAUCAACACGAUUUUAUAACUGGAGAAAAAUCUUUUAGUUGCUCGCAGACUGAAAUAAUUUCCUCAAGAAAAAUGGAUCAAAAGACGGGAAGGAGUAGUUAUUGCACCUGCCAACAGUGUGGAAAGUGUUUCAGGAAAACAGGUAUUAAAAGACACAUGAGAGUUCACACAGGAGAGAAGCCUUAUGCCUGCCAACAGUGCGGAAAGUGUUUCAGUCAAAAAGUAACUCUUAAAAGCCACAUUAGAAUUCACACUGGAGAGAAGCCUUACGUAUGCCCUCAGUGUGGAAAGAGUUUCACUCAUCCUAGAAACCUUGGAGGCCACAUGAGUGUUCACACUGGAGAAAAGCCUUAUGCCUGCCAACACUGUGGAAAGUGUUUCAGUCAAAAAGCAACUCUUAAAAGACAUAUUAGAAUUCACACUGGAGAGAGGCCUUACGUAUGCCCUCAGUGUGGAAAGAGUUUUACUCAUCCUGGAAACCUUGGAGGCCACAUGAGUGUUCACACUAUAGAGAAGCCUUAUGCAUGCCAACAGUGUGGAAGAAGUUUCAACCGGAAAAGAAAUCUUAUUUGCCAUAUGACAGUUCACACUGGAGAGAGUCUUUUCAUCUGCCAACAGUGUGGGAUAAGUUUCGCUCAAAAAGGAAGCUUUAACAGACACAUGAGAGUUCACAAUGGAGAGCAGCCUUACACAUGUGAUCAGUGUGGAAAGAGUUUUGAUCAACAUGAAAACCUUGAGGUUCAUAUGAGAACUCAUAGAAAGAAACCCUAUACAUGCCCUCAGUGUGGAAAGAGUUUCAGUUCUAAACAAAACUUUGAAGACCACAUGAGAAUUCACACUGGAGAGAAGCCUUUCACCUGCCAGCAAUGUGGAAAAUGUUUCAACCGGAAAGGAAGCCUUAACAGGCACAUGAGAGUUCACACUGGAGAGAAGCCGUUUAUAUGUGGUCACUGCGGAAAGUGUUUCAGACAUAAAGCAGCCCUUAAACACCACAUGAGUUUUCACAUAUGAAAGAACUGUUUUUAUGUCAUCAGUGUGGAUCUGUGGAAAGUUUCACAGAUAGGAAACAUCUUCGGAAUCAUGUAAUAACACCAGAGAGAAGCCUUUACUGUGCCUCACUGUAGAAAGACUUGCAGAAACAAUAAAAUCUUUUAGGUUCAAGGAAGCACCCCUGAUAUAGUUCAAAAUACCCGAGCAGUGGAUUUAGCCCUCGUUUGGUUGAUCGAAUCACAAAUAUACUGUCUCUGUAUCACUGUCUCUUUUGUCCACUUUCAACCACUCUGUCCACAUUUUUUCAAGGGUGGCGGGGUCAAUGGGCAGGUAAAUGCAUGUUUUUGUUUUCACAUUUUUUGAUCAAACGGAUAAAAUAUAUACACACAAUUUACACAAAAAUGUGAAAUAAGACAAUGGAAAAAGAUGAGGACAGCAGCAGCUUUUGUUUCUGCUGAUAGCUGCAAAAACUGAUCUGCAAAACCACACAAAAUGUUGUGGAUGCAUGUUAGAAGUGAGGAUUGGUGGAGAACAUUGUCAGCUGAAGUUGUAUGGUUUGAAGAUGAAAAAACCUACCAAGCACAAAGUUUGUAUCCCAUGUGGAAAGAUGCUUCCCAUUAUGUUUACGCAUUAGAUUAGGCGGAGAGUAGGUGGUCUUUUGUGGCUGUUUGAAUGCAUUUGACCACACGAAUGUUUACACUACAAAAGCAAUCAGGUCAAAUGUGUUUUCCACUACCUUUGGAAGUGGUUGAAAGUGGACAAGCUCAAACAUUUGCACCUGUAUUUAGAGUUCUAUUUACAAUCAGAUCUUAAUUCCAGGUGUAAACUAGGUUAAUAUGUGAAUAUGUGCUGCAUGUUUUCCUUUCAUUAACAAAGUAAAUGAGGUGAUAAAAUGGCAUUUGUGAAAGCAUCUGAUCAGAGCAUUGUGGAUAUUGUAACAUUGACUGUUACCCUGAUUUUUUUAAUGAGUUAAUUUCCAGGUAUAAAGUCAGGUAGAUUCAUAGAAGAAAGUAGUUGGCACAUAACUUUCCGGUUCUCAUCUGGGUCACGGCACCAACGUAACCCUUCUGGUUCUUCUCCCCUCACUCGGUCUGAGCAGGAUUCAAACCAGCGUUUCUGGCAUGGGAGGUAUGCGCUCUAAGAAGGACGCUAAGACCCUAGCUUCUAGCAUCAGUUGCUAGUAUGGCUCCUGAAAUCAGGGGAGUGAGGUUUUCCCACACAGCUCUUACCAGGUGGCCUCCAUUAAACUCACCCCCUUAAACCUCAUUCCAGUCUGGGUCACGGCACCAAUGUAAUCCCUCCGGUUCUACUACUCUAACUUGCUCUGAGGGAGAUUCGAACUGGUGUUUUCAGCAUGGGAGGCAGGUGCGAUAACAAGGAUGCAGAUGUGGAUAGUAACAAAGUACAUUUACUUGAGUACUGUACUUAAAUACAUAGUUCCAGCAUUACUGAGCAAUGCUGACAACCUUGCUGAUUUCUACCUAUUGUAGCUUGUAUUAUAAAAGGCAGAUCACUAAACUGUAUAAUUUGUUACGUUGAGAGAUCCCCCAGUUAGGAAUAUCACUAUACUGCCGUGCAAAAGCAAAAGACCGUAACUUCAAUUUUGGUCGAAAAUGAGUUAUUGAUAUUUUUGGGACAUUCAAGACAUCCUUUAUCAUGUGCAUAAGUAUCUAGAGUCAAUUUCGUUGUUAUUCCAAGAAAAUAAUGGGUGGUCUCAACCAUAACUUCGAAAGGCCCCGGAGAGACCAAGGUAGAACACCGUAUAACACCAAUUACCGCUCUUUCGCUUUAUUUGGAACGCUCAAAUUGAGUUACGGCGUUCUGCCUUUGUUUAGCCUCGAGUCAAUAUGAAGUUACGGUUACGUAACUUCUUGGAGUUGCUUGGAGUUAUACGAUGUUCUACCUUUUUUAAACUUUUUUUUUACUGUCCAUUAAAGUCUGCUGCAUUUAAAUUACGGUGUAGACAACCACCGUAGAUAGAUCGUGAUCUACCAAACAGCUCCAUAUAACAAAGCACUGUAAAGGCUAGAUACAUUGGCAGCAAUACGUAAUCGUGAAUAACCUUUAAAGAAUUUUUUUUUUCCUUUUUAUAAUGCAGAUUAUUCACCAGCCUGUCACUUUUAGUUGGACGUGUGUGGACUCGAAUGCCGUAGUAGCAUGAUCAAUCAUAUAAUCUGUAGCCUACUAACAGUUCACAACUAAAUUCAUAUCCUACCUUUUCUUGUAACCUGAUAAAAUCAAUCCAUGGCGAUGAACGUCGUCGGAGAUGUUUAAUCCACAAGCAUUCUGAGCAUUAUUCCUGCUUGCUGGCGUUCACAUCAAUCUACAAGUCGUUCUUUUAGGUUAGACUAUUUAAUUCAAGUCAGUAUAAAAGCAAUUAUGCUGACUAGCGUUCUUUUACGUUACUGAGCAUAGCAAAUAAAUUGGUUGCAAAACGGUCACGUUUUACUUUUAGUCUGCUUGUUACAGUCAAAAAACAAAAAAACAAAACUUAAUACAGUGACAUUACUAUAUGCAAUAGCCUAUAUGAGAUAGCCCAUGAUCACUAGAUUUUAUACAGGUGUUACUAUAACGAUUUUGUAAAUGGUGAUCAGCAACCAAAUACUGAUAAUGUGGAAGUUACUGCCUUUUGCCUUGGUGUGACUUUUCACUUUUUGCAGACAAUGCAAAAGCAGAACACUGUAACUUCAAAAUAGGGGUAAAAAUUGGGUAGUUUGAGCCCACAAUUUGUUAAUGUAGAUAAUUUUCAGUACUAAAACAUCUAAUUGCCAAAUUUCCAGUGUCCUACCUAUAAUUUGGCUGGACAAAUAAAAAAAACUUUGAAGUCGUUUUUCUCAGUUUCACACUCUAGUGAGUUAAGGUCUUUUGUCUUUGUAGGGCAGUAUAGACAAAGAUGGAUUCUGCAUGAACUGUAGACACAAUGCCAAAACAGGAGAGUUAUCAGACCAAUUAUUAUCUGGACAGUCUGUGUAGUAGGACAAGAACAAUGUACAUUAUGAAUAGCACAAAAGUCCAUUUGAUACUGUUUUACUUUACUCUUUUGUCCUAUUCAUAGUUUAAGUGGUUAAAGCAAUAGCACACACCAAAAUGAUAAUUCUCAUUAUUAAUAUAAUUUACUCACCUUUAUGUUGUAUCAAACUCGUACAACAUUUGUCUUUCCUCUUCCCCCCCAGCAAGAACCCCUGAAGACUCCAUCAAACGCUACCACAAAGUAUUACAACUGGUAAAUGGUGGUUUCAGUAAAGCUGAAGCAUACAACAUGAAUGUUGACAGAAAUACGAUUGUCAUGCAAGCCCCCAUUGCUGAGUUGGCAUUUGCAAAUCCUGAGGAGUACAAAGCUUUGAGAGCGACCUUUAAAAAGGGAGAAAGCAUCCAAAGAUUUUCUGAUUUGGACGGUGCCUGGCUCAGCCUAAUGUAGACAUGAUACAAAAAAUUAAAAGAGAGCAGUGCCCUUCUUGAUAUCUCAAAGAAGUGAGGUAUACACUUGUCGCUUAAAGAAAUAGUUCACCCAAAAAUUAAAAUUGUCAUCAUUUACUCAAUUUACUCAUUUACCUCAAGUAGUUUCAAACCUGUAUAAGUUUCUUUCCUCUGCUGUACACAAAGGAAGCUAUUUGGAAGAAUGUUUCUAACAAGGUUUCAUUUUUGGGUGGCCUAAUCCUUUAAUAUUCUAAUAAUGUUUUGUUAAAAAAAAGUUUAUAAUGGUACUGUUGGUUAUUAGUGAACAUUCUCCAAACACUGUUUUAAAUAUUGAUUUUAUUUUUACAUUAUGUAAUCUUUACAUUUUAUGUAAAGUAAUAUACAACUUAUGCCUCUUGAUUUAUGGUGCACUGUUAUUUAA